AUGGCUCCUCCGACAUGGACAAAACUUCUUUCCCAUGGCUCAAUUCAAAGGUCCUCCCAGGCUCUCUCCGUCCUGGCCAGCAACGCAUACAUCUACGGCGGAGAACUAAAGCCCCUCGAGCCUGUUGACUCGUCUAUCACCGCAUUCCUUUGGACCGGGAUCCCGCAACCCCGCGUCGGCGCCGCAUCUACAACCCUGAACAACAAGAUCUACAUCUUCUCCGGAAGAGGCGGGACAGCAAUGGCUCCUAUCGAAGAGAGCGAGUCAUUCUGGGUCUUCGACACGACCGCCAACAUCUGGGGACAGGUAUUUCCUUCCGAUGCAGGAUUCAAAUAUCCGGUCGGAAGAAGCUACUACGCUCUGACAAACGAUGGGGAUUCGACGAUAUUACUGCACAUAGGAUGUCCUGAACAGGGCCGACUUAAUGAUUUUAUGGUCGUUGGAUAUUCGGACGUGCGUCUGGUGGGAACUGCCCGCUGCGCCCGGGUCAGGACGAGUUGGGACCUCAAUUGCGUUUGCAAAGGGGCAGGUCUUUAG